AUGAAAGAUCUUCGCCAAGUUCCUGAGUUCGGAAGAUCUGUCCCUUCAACAAAACCAGAUAGUUCUCGUUAUCCUAGUCAUAAUUCACAUACCAGUCAGGGCACGGAAGAAACGCGCGCACUACCUUCCUUCCCAUCUCAUCAGCCACACAGAAGCAACUUUUCAAGCAUUUCUUCUAGCAAUAACUUUACCGAGAACAAAGAUCAUCCACGGAAGCGUCUUUCGAGAGCAAAAGCCAAGAUCAAAGAACUUGGGAAUUUUGGUCCAAAUCUGGUUGCUCUUGAGAGAAGGACACAAAAGCUCUUCAUGGAUCAGGCCAAUCUUAAUUUCAAUCUCUUGAGCCGUCUCAAAAUGCCACUGACAUCGUCGUCUCCACAGGGAUGCCCGUCAAGACUGGGACCUCUUCAACAUCCGCACACAAAUCUCCAAAAUCCAUCUAAUUCUGGCCAAUCGCUUGUUACUCACACUAUCCAGGUCAACUCUGAGAAUGUGGAAAUGAAUGAUGCGCCAGAUAUUCCAAAAUCAAUCAUGGUCCCGGUAGAAUCCGAACGUCAAAACAGAGGUGAGGUGCGAACUCCCCGUCCAAUUAUUAGGCCCUCCCAAGCCGCAGAACCGGUUCAAAUCACUUCAAAUUCAAGUCAAUUGAUGACUCCAAGUAGGAUAUUGGAAAGCCCACGGCAUACCGCUCUCCAAACCACCACAACCAACAUCCGUGAUCAAAUUGAGCUUGAGAUUUCCCACUUAAUGCUAACAAAGCAUAACGAACUACGACUCAUCGAAACAGAACUAGCCAAAGCACAAAUAAUGCUUGAACAGCUUCGACGUGUGCAUUUGAGGCCAUUCAACCUUGUCAAGAAUGAGGAGGGUCAGGUUUAUGCAGUCAGGGUUGUAGUGAGGUCAUUUAGUGGGGAGGAGAGAAGGCAAAGAGCAACUACAAAAAGACAAAGGGAAGAUGAGAGGGCUGCCGAAGAACUGAAGAUAGAAGAAAUGAAGAAAGGGGGAAGUGGUAUGGGUUUGAGGAAUAGAUAUGUGAAGAGGUGA